AUGGACGGAUUCGAACAUUCGGAAGUGCCUGCAGAGUACGAAGCUCUCAAAUGGCUUGACAGCCUAUUCAUCGCGGGGAUGGGUUUCGGUUGGCUUGCGUACUAUCUGAAUGUGGCCUACACCUCCUUCCGAGACCAGACCUACAGCAUGACCAUCGCAGGGAUUACGAUCAACUUUGCAUGGGAAAUUGUAUAUUGCCUAGUAUACCCAGCCAAGGGGAUGGUCGAGCGCGUGGCCUUCUUUCUGGGUUUGCUUCUCGAUAUCACAGUCAUAUAUGCCGCCAUCAGGAACGGCUCCAAUGAAUGGCGCCAUUCCCCACUGGUCAUGAAAAAUUUGGCCCUGGCUUUUGCAGGCAUGGCCCUCUUUUGGCUGAGCGGACACCUGGCCCUGGCCGCUCAGCUGGGCCCUGGUCUGGCUUACUCGUGGGGAGCCGUCGUCUGUCAGAUGUUCAUCAGUGUUGGCGAUGUGUUUCUGUUGCUGACUCGGGCGAGCACGCGUGGCGCUUCGUACACAAAAUGGCUCUCGCGGUUCCUGGGAUCUAUCUCCACUAUCGGCUUUGCUUAUAUUCGCUGGGCUUAUUGGCCAGGUGCCUUUGCCUGGCUGAACUGUCCGCUUAUUCUCUGGGCUGUCGCCGUCUUCUUUCUCUCCGAGCUGGUCUAUGGCUUUUGCUUUUUCCUUAUCAAACAGCAGGAGGAGGCAUCGCAAUUGGACGACAAACAUAAGCGUAAGUAA